AUGGGUCUGACAUGCGUGUUUCGCGGCUCCUCCGAGGGCAAGGCUGUUGCAGAUGAAGUGGCGCGCAAGAUUGAGUGCAAUGAGGGUUUUAUUGCGAUCUUGGAACUCUUUUGGUUGGACUUGGCGCAGCUCGGCUGGAAAAGCAAGGUUAUCGUUUAUUUCUAG